AUGGUGAAGCAACUAUCACCUUCAGAACUUUCUACUCUAUGGCUGUUACAUGAUCGUCACACCACUAGGCAGGCAGUUGAAAAAGCGAUUGAAUUAGGUUUACCAUUAUGGCCGGAAGCCGUGCAUCUAGCACGUGCUUGCCACAGAUCGAACAUGGAUUUAGCUGGAGGCGCCUAUUACGUGGUAGGCUCAGAUUUUGUGGACAAUGAGGACAGUUCACAAUAUGAUUAUCAUGAGCUAGGCAUGCAGCUAUGGGCGCAUCAGAAUCCUGAUUUACUGUAUCAAUAUUUUGACCACAUAUACUUUAUCAAUUUGCCAGUUGUAUUAGGUCGCUAUCCGGAAGCUUAU